CUGGGGAAAGUGUUACCAAAAUGUUACACGGAACGGUGAUUACUUGAAUCCAAGCUCCACAGGUUACCAAGGUGUGAUACGAGCCCUACAAGUACAAGUAAUUUGCAGGUCACAAGCCCAGCACCUGGUCUGGUGGGGACGUAUCGUUACCAGACUCCAGAGCCUGGGUGAGACUAGUAAUUGUGGGUGUGACUAUCGCUAAUCGACUAGAUCAGCAACAACUGACUGUGCAGCCGGAUCGGCGUGGAGAGCAACAAACACACUUCAUUGAGAAGGUAACGACGACGUGUUCUGGUGCAACAGUCACCAACACUAGUCGAGUCGACACUCAGACAGUGCAGCAUAUACCGGAUAGAGAUUGUACUGUACUGUAGUGACAUUGGCGCGGUAAUUGUUUAUUUCCAGUGGCCCGCACUGAGUCUAUGAACCGUGGUAAUGUUCAUUUCGGCGAUGCUAGUAGACGUACAGCACGUCUCAUUGAACACGCACUGAGUAGUAGUGACUUAUAGAUGACACAAACCUCAAGUCUCGACCACAGGGCAAUAUUACCAGUCGUCACACUGCCUUGCUCAAGUCAAUGGAGUUGUUUCCGUCUUGCUCAGCUAAACCGACGAAGAGAGAUCAGCUAGCCCGACACUAAACACGUCAUCUGUUAUCUGCAAUCAAUCGCACACUGUGUGACCGCUCCGGUCGAUUGUGGACAAGUCGAGUGUCGGGUGAAGAGCAUAGCACUGAAGACAGUUCUGCAGUCACUCAUCAAGUAGGAGGCGUAUCAUCAGUGUACACGGUAACCACGGUAACAUUGUUUGCUGCCGGAGUACAUAUACUAGACAGUAUAUCCGGGUCAAGAUGUCGCAGACAGUUGUGCAGCACGCAUCGGCAGCACCGGCUGCUGUGAGGAGUAUGGUGACCACUACUACUGGCAGUGGAACAUCAUUCACUACAAGCAGUGCCGCACAUUCAAUGAGCAUGCCACAAUUCCCGCCGACCACCACCGGCACUGCCGGCGAGGAAACCCCGACUCAAACGACGAGCAUGCACUCUGACACCAGUCGAGAACAGCACAAGGCGGCGGUGGUUAAACGACCCACCGCGUUUGGUUCGUCAGCAAACAGGUUCAGCAUGGCAAACAUUCAUCCUCAGAACAGGACACCUGGCUCGUAUCUGCAAGUUUCCUAUCUAGGAGAUGACGACCCGAGCCGUAUGCGCGCACCAGGCCGUUACAACAUUGAGAAAGGUGGUUUUGCCUUGGAUGCUGUGGAGGAGCGGGCUCAAGGGCCAGGAUGGUUUGAGCAAUUGGAGACGACGCAAGAGGCCGCUGUCCCCCGCACGGCCAUUGCUGAUAAAUGGCACAAACAAAAGCGCUUGGAAGAGGAAAUGGGCCCUGGCAAAUACCCAGUGUCGGAUUUCAUCGACAAGGAAGCAACACGAACGUUUGGCAAGCGAGACAGCGUGUUUAAGAGGACAGCCAAUCGGUUCGGUCCACAGGACAGAUUUCGUGAAAAUCUGCCCGGCCCCGGCAGCUACGGAGCUCCCAAGGAAUCGAUGGUCGAGCAGCUCGAGAAGAAGUGCUUCUCGACGAGGGGCUUGCUGAGUCAAGGUGAUCCAAAGACAAGAAGUAUAGGCCAGACGUCCCGUGCCCUGACAGGAAACGACAAGCACGACAUCCCACCGAAUAAGUAUGCCAUACAGCGGUUUCCAGCGAGUCAUUUCCCGGACCAUGGACCGAAGCGGGGCUACAUCGACAUGUCGUCGGAGAAGAAGAUCGGUCCCAUCAAGACUGGACAUAUGGCACAGCCGCGACGCAACAAGCUUGGACCAGGCCAGUACAACUACACCUCAUUUACAGCUGACUUGUUAGACAAGCACAACGUCAAGAAGGGUGCAAUGAGCAAGCUGGACCGCGCCCCGCAGCCACCAACGCAGAGAAUAGAGCUGAGCUACCUUCCUCAGGUCAUUCCACCAUCGGAGCAGCCAGGACCACCAUUCUACUUUAGGAAGCCACGCAGCAAGAGCGCUCCGCUCUCGAUUGCUGUAGACUCUCUGGGUGACUACUAUGCAGAGCCUGGAGAGAGAGCCAAGCACCAUCGCACAGUGAGCAACUGUGCGCCGUUCCACUCAAACACCAAUCGCUAUGACGAUGUCAUCGCAAAGAGAUGCUUCCACUCAAGUCCUUGGGAGACAUCGGUUGCCAGGGACAACAUCAACAAGUUCCACGAGUCUCGGCAUAUCAACGGGCACACCUACGUCUUCAACAGUGCACAUGAACACAUUCCACCGACGGGCAAUGCCAAAGAUGUUCUGAAAAGAGAGCGGCUGCAGACAAAGAAGUCAACAUUGACGAAGAGAGCACCACUACUCGAGGAUUAGGGCUGUCACCGGCCUGUCAUCCCAGGCAGUAGAGCGCAUGGCAUUGGUGGUAAAACUAAAAAAGCGCUCAUUUCAACUCACAGCAUUGCACUCAGCAGCCACAGCAGCCCCCCCCCCCCCCACGUGAAAAAUCAAAGUUGCUCGUAUCGGUCUUGUCAAGCCGUUUAUCUUGCUGGAGCUCACCACUACUACACAGUCUACAGCGGGUAAAGCACUGUGAACGACCAGAUAGGCCUGCAAGACCAUUCACACUGAAGGACCGAUAGAACAACAGAGCGGUGACUUCGAAGCCGCACUGUAGUGACAGUAGGAACAGUUUUGCACCUCAGUCAAAAUGCCUACAAACGUAGCGUAUAAUUAUAGCCUUGCAAACACCAGCCAUUAUCACGUCCUACUGAUAUUUCUGUGCGUGGCUGUCGCAGAGUAGGAACGCCACUACCAUUCUAACGUACAAAGUAUAAGCAUGUAUACUGCAGUACAUAUUCAUGUUGGCCACGCAUACAAGCAGACAUCUCGUUCAUGUUGUACAUAGCAGACAUCUCGUUCAUGUUGUACAUAGCAGAAUCUGAGACUAGCAUACCAUGCAGUAGUGAUAUAUUGCUUGACUCUUCCAGUCUUGAGGUUCAACAGGUAUACAUAUUCAAAUCCAGAAGUCAAGGUGUUUGAUUUACUACUACACACACACACACUACUCAUCAUCAAUGCUUGUUGCUCGUAAGACAGAAUUAAAAAAAAACCCAACAACUCAUGAAACUA